AUGGUAAGAUUUACUCCUUUGGUUAUGCUUGUUGACAAAAUUUUCACGCAGAUCAAGGACGAGUAUUAUCUCAAAUGGUUCAGACCAUUGCACUCAUCCCCUAAUGUUCGUGACAAGAACAAGUACUACCGGUUCCACAAAGAUCACGGCCACAACACGGAGGAUUGCAGAGACCUAAAGGAGCAAAUAGAGGAGUUAAUACGAAAAGGGAAGUUACAGAAAUAUGUGAAGAAAGGAGAAUAUAGCAAGUUCAGGGACGACAAUAAAGUCCAGCAUGAAUCCUUCUCCCGGGAUGACGACCGUCCAUCCCAGCCUCCACACAAGGUGAUCGGGGAGAUAAACACGAUUAUAGGAGGACCGUUUUCAGGAGGAUCGUUUAAAUCACUCAAAAAAGCAUACCAGAGACAGGUUAAUAGCGUCCACGUCGUACCUCCGUCCAAGCACCGACGAACAUACCAAGACAUGUCCUUCAGUGAAAGAAACGCCAUGGGAGUGAAGCAGCCACACAACGAUCCCUUGGUCAUAAUGCUGAAUAUAGAAGGGUUCAAUACCAAAAAGAUCCUCGUCGAUAAUGGAAGCUCCGCAGACAUCAUCUACCUCCCAGCCUUCCAGCAGCUGAGACUAGAUCCGAAAAGACUGCGCCAUUUUGACUCUCCACUCGUCAGCUUCAGCGGAGACAGGGUCUACCCAGGGGCACAGAGACCCACACUCAACAAGUGGAAGGCGGCGACGUCAACCUACUAUUUGAAGGUGAAAUUCCCAACAGAUGAUGGCGUCGGUGAAGUGAAAGGAGAUCAAGUCCUGGCAAGAGAAUGCUAUCAAGCCAUCCUGGCUGGGAAGGAGAACUAUACAUGGAUGAUUGACGAAAAGGAAGAAGACAGGAUAGAAGCCUUGGAGACAGUGGAAUUGGUAGAAGGAGAAGCGAACAAGACGACCAAGAUAGGAACGACGUUGAGCCCCGAGAUGAGAACAAGACUCAUAAGGUUUCUUAAAGAGAAUCUAGAUGUCUUCGCAUGA